CGGGGGGGGCCUGCGCGGCGGGGCGCAGCGCAGCGCAGCGCAGCGCGGGCGCGCGGAGCUGCGCGGGUCAUGGCCUCGUCGGUGGUGCGCGCCACGGUGCGCGCCGUGAGCAAGAGGAAGCUGCAGGCCACCCGCGCCGCCCUCACCCUGACCCCAUCAGCAGUUCAGAAGAUAAAACAGCUUCUUAAAGAUAAACCUGAGCAUGUAGGCGUGAAAGUAGGUGUUCGUACAAGAGGAUGCAACGGACUUUCUUACACCUUAGAAUAUACGAAAUCAAAAGGAGACUCUGAUGAAGAAGUAGUUCAGGAUGGGGUUAGAGUGUUUAUUGAGAAGAAAGCGCAGCUGACGCUUCUAGGAACAGAAAUGGACUAUGUAGAAGACAAACUGUCCAGCGAAUUUGUCUUCAAUAAUCCAAACAUCAAAGGAACGUGUGGCUGUGGAGAAAGCUUUAACAUAUAAAAUCUCAGGACUUUUACUUUGACUUUGAACACCACAAAACACUUACUGAGUAUGUGGCUUUCAAAAGCAAAUGUGUUUUCUUCAGGUUCUUAGGCUGUGUAAAGCGUGAAUGCCUUUAAGGAAAAUAAAGCUAAUUCAUUUUGAAAAAGUAAAUUGUGUGUUACAUUCAAGCACUGAUGUAUUUAUACUGUAAUUUAUGAUGAAUUGGGAUCCAGAAGAUAAGAACAGUAAGUGCUGUAGCAUUUCUGUAUUUUCAUAUGAAAGAAAUAAAAUCUUGCUCCUCUUUUCCUUUGUCAUUUUCUUUGUCUGCUUCUCUCCUACUUCCCAGUCCAAAACCCAUGUGCAAGAAUGUAUCACCUAUGUAUUCUGCUUUGAUUUGAAAAGAAAUACUGUUUGUAUCUUUGUGUGUAUGGAUACUUAUAUACAGACACACACUCCUCAGCCUCAGAAUUCACUAUCAUUAUGUAGAUGCAUAUUUGAUUUUACUAUGUUUCAGAGUCUUUCUUGUUUCUAUGCAUAGGUUUUCUGGUGGUUUAUUUUCCCAUAAGACAAGGGAAGUCCAGAAAAGAAGUUUAUGUGCUGUUUCAGCAGUGGUUCAAAAUGUGCUAACCCAAUUGUGUACCUUGCCGUGUUGAAGGCAGGGUGUCUGAUGUAGUGGAAAAGUGGUUAGAAAAUAUAUUCAGGCAUAGAAGUAUUAAAGCAGAAUAUAUGCAGGCCUUGUAUCUCAUGCUUCUGUUCUUUUUUUUUUUUUCUUUAUCUCGCUUGACUUAAAUUGAAAAAUUGGUAAAACUGCUUACAGACUGAUUCCCAGUUUUCACAGAAUGUAUGUGUUUUCCUAUGCUGUCUACACCAGAAGCUAUAAAGGUAUUUUUGGGGGGAAAGGAAGUAAUUUUCAUUAGCUUUCAUAGUCAUAUUUGUUCUUAACUUUGUUACAACUUGAAUUUUAUUUAGUAACUGUGUAGGAAGCGGGGCUUUUCAUGUAUAGCACUUGUAGUAAUUUCUAUUUGACUUCUGUCUUUGAGAUUAACUUGAUAACAAGAAAACAAUUUAUAAUUUAAAAAGGUUUCUAUUUAAAACUUGUUAAAAUUAAUCCUAUCAGCAAUUAAAAUAUUUAUAGGAGGCCAUUUUUCUUUAGAAAUUAAACUUACUCCUAAAGAUUUUCCUUUCCCAAAGCAGUUUCUAAGCUGGUAAGUCUUGAGCCUUAAUUCCACUGGUGCUCAAGCAGAAGUGUAAACCUCUAGCCCUGGUUUUUCACUAGUUGGUAUGAUAGAAAUAACUUUUUUCUUCCUGUCUCUGUGAUUUCCAAAGAUGACAUGCAGCUAGGCAACACAGUUGUGCAGAGGAGAAGAUAACUUAUCUGUAUGGGCAAAUGAUCUCAACAGUUGCUCAAAAAGUAGAAAUAAAAAGUAAUGGGCAACAGGGACAAGAUAUUAUAAUCAAAGACAGGAGGACAUUGGCAUGGGAGUGAACAGACUAUAAAGGCAGGAGGUUCAAAAUCCAGAGGUCAUGUUGUUCUAGUGUUGUUUAUAGGCAUGUGUGCUUGACGGCUUUGGAACUAGAGUAGCAUGCUGAAGAUGUAGGGAUGCAGCUAGGGAGACCUGGUUUGGGGUAAAAGUGUAGAGAUGAUUUAUAAAUAAAUCAAUAAAUAAAUCAUUGUGUCUUACGUAGCGCACAGGAUAGAAUUUCCACAAGCAUAGUUCAAUACUUUAUUAAAUACAUGAAUUGUACACCUUUUGAUGUAAAAACACUGAAUUUCUUUUAUUAAUCAACUGUUGUACACAACGGCUUUAUUUUAGGAAAGAACUAUACCAAGAAGAACUGGUAAUGCAGGGGCUAGGUGAAUUUUUAAUGCCAUAAAUUCUUCAGUGUGGCCAAAAAAAAAAAAAAAAAAAAAAGCUAGUGGAUAUGAUAGAGUUGAGCUUGUUUGCCUAAAACUCCAAGUUAAGGCACUUCUUCAAAUUGCAUUUCUCUGCUUCUUGUUAGAAGAUAAAGACUUUGAAUGUAGCAGUGGUGUUUGCCAAGGGUGCUGUUACUUUAUUAGUUUAAUUUGGUUUGGUUUUUUUUAGGGUUUUGGCACAUUUAGCAUUCCUUUUCAUGUGUGCUGUAUGUAUGCCUUGAAUGAAAGUUUGUACUCUCAUACUUCAUGAAUUAAUCUUCUAGGAGUUGUCAGUUUACUAAAACACUUAACGCACACUGUGUUAAAGUAAACUUCUGUGGAAGUGCUGGUAACAGUUACAUAGGAGCAUUCUUUUGUUGAUUGGUCCAUUAUAAUUUUGUGCAAUACUGUAUGUAGAGUUCUUUGUUAUAACAAUAAAUAUCACCUGUUGGUAAACAUGAAA